AUGUUGUCAAGAAUUCUUCUGAGUAUUCUGGCCUUGAAUUGGGUUGCUACAAUGUCUUCUGAACCUCAAUAUAUGUUGCUGGUCCCAACAGUUGUGAGGAGCAACUCUCCACAGACCGCUUGCGUGCAGUUCCACAGCCUCAGUGAGCCUCUGACCCUGAGUGUUGCCCUGGAAUAUGGCAGUAUCCAGACUACCCUCUUUCAGGAAUCUGUAACAAAGAAUAAUUUCUUCAAGUGUUAUGAGUUCAAGGUUCCUCCUACUACUUCUGACCCCCUGGCAUUCAUUUCCUUCUUUGCCAAAGGCUCCACAGUCAACUUCGAUGAGAGAAGAUCAGUGGCAAUUCAGAAUGUGGAUAAUACUGUCCUCAUCCAGAUGGACAAACCCAUCUACACACCAGGACAAAGAGUGAUGUUUCGUGUGAUCUCUUUGGACAGCCAGUUCAGAUCUGUUCAGGAAACAUAUCCUCGAAUCACCAUUGAGGAUCCACAGCAAAACAAGAUCUUCCAAUGGCUGGAGGUAGCAUCUAAGCAUGGAAUUGCCCAGCUCUCCUUUCCACUAAACUCCGAACCUAUUCUUGGGCCCUACCACAUCACUGUGGAGAAGCAGUCAGGUGGAAAAGAGUACCAGUACUUCAUGGUUGAGGAAUAUGUGUUGCCAAAAUUUGAAGUGACUAGCAAUGUGCCAGCGAGGAUCUCUUUCUUUGAUGAAGAAGUUAAGGUGAACAUUUGUGCUUUGUACACUUAUGGCCAGCCAGUGCAAGGAAAUGCCCAAAUCAAUGUGUGUCAGCAGCACUUUCAUUGUCCACAAUGUGAGAAAAAGAAAGAAGAAACUUGCAAAGCUGCAACUGGACUGCUGGGGAAGGAUGGCUGCUUCAAUACUGUCAUCUCCAUCAAAACAUUUCAGCUGUACCGCAGCUAUGCCAGGAUGUAUACCAGCCUCAAAGUAGAAAGCAUCGUCACUGAAAAUGGGACAGGUAUCCAGAUGAAAGACAAUGACUAUGUUGCAGUCAAUGAAGAAAAUGAUAGAGUGAUGUUCAAAAAUAUGGAUCCCUAUUACAAGAGAGGAAUUCCUUACUAUGGUGAGAUUGCUGUGACAGAUGUGGAUGGCAAGCCUGUUGCUAAUAGGACUGUCCUGCUGGAGCUCAAUGAAGAAUACCUAGCCAACUAUACCACUAACAAGAACGGCACUGCUGCUUUUUCCAUCAACACAUCCAACUUCUUUAAUGCCAGUUUUAAGUUGAGAGUCAGGCAGGCAGCAGAUGACUGUGCAGACUUCUUCAUCUGGAGGACUAGUGAUGACCCCCAAGUCUUAUUCUAUGUCCAUCGUUUCUACUCACGGACCAACAGCUUUGUGAAAAUUGAGCCAGUGAAGGAGAAGCUUAGCUGUGGCCAGAAGAGAACAAUCAGUAUUCACUAUGUUCUGAACAGAGAAGGCUACAGGAAUGCCUGGCACACAAACUUCUACUAUGUAGUGAUGACAAAAGGAAAAAUUGUUCUCAGUGGCCAGAAGGAAGUCAGCAUCUCUGAUGCUCCCAGAGGUACAUUCUCCAUUACACUCACUGUCACUGAGAACCUUGGUCCCAACAGCAGGCUGUUGCUCUACACAGUGCAUCCUCAUGGGGAGGUAGUGGCUGACAGCUCUUGGAUAUGCAGUGAUGUAUGCUUCAAAAAUAAGAUCCAGCUCAAGUUCUCUGAGAAGCAAGGUCUCCCAGGCUCUAAAGUCAGUCUCCACCUGGAAUCUGCUGCCAACUCCUACUGUGCCCUGCAAGCUGUAGAUCAGAGUAUCCUUCUUCUUCAGCCCGGGCAACAGUUAUCUGCUGAAAGUGUGUACUACCAUCUUCCUGUGAGCAAUUUAUAUGGCUAUUACUACAAUGGGAUCAACCUGGAAGAUGACAAGCAAGAGGGGUGUACUCCAGUCAAAACCACCUUUUUUGAUGGCUUGUACUAUGAACCUGUGAACGUCAGUCAUGAUGGUGAUGUCUACAGGAUUUUCAGGGAUAUGGGCCUGAAGGUUUUCACCAACUCUGUGCUACGGAAGCCAGUUCUGUGCAAUGAAGGCAAAUCAGACACAGAAGAUUACCCUGCCUAUUUGGAACAUGGUGUGGCCCUGGGCGGUGGCUAUGGUGCAGGUAAAAGAAGGCUUAUUGGUGGGAGUGGUGUUACUACUGUUCGGAAAUUCUUCCCUGAGACCUGGAUUUGGGAUCUGGUUCACACCGAUUCCAGAGGCGAGGCUGAUGUCUUUUACACGAUCCCUGAUUCCAUCACAGAGUGGAAAGCCAGUGCUUUCUGUGUUCAAGAUGAUGCUGGUUUUGGCAUCUCCUCACCUGUUCCACUGACAGCAUUCCAACCAUUCUUUGUGGCUCUUACCUUGCCGUACUCUGUCAUUCGAGGGGAAAAAUUUAAUUUAAUAUCAAAUGUCUUCAACUACCUAAACAAAUGCAUCCAGAUAAGUGCCAUACUGGCAAAGUCGAGUGACUACAAGGCAAAAAUCCUUUCACCAGGAGGCAACACAGUAAAGUUGUGUGCCAAUGAAAGGAAAACCUAUAUUUGGGCUGUUAGCCCCCACAGACUUGGUGAGGUGAAUUUCACUAUUACUGCUGAGGCCAAACUAAGUACUGGAGGAACAGGAAACAGUACAUCCCUGCAAGAGGAGACAAUAAACAGGGACACCUUGGUUCAAACCCUCCUUGUUGAGUCUGAAGGUAUUAAAAAAGAACUGACUCAGAGCACUCUUUUCUGUACCAAAGGCGUAACAAAGUCUGAACCAGUCUCUCUCAACCUCCCAAGAAACAUAGUACAAGGAUCAGCCAGAGCUUACUUUUCUGUCAUGGGAGAUGUUUUGGGUACAGCCCUGACAAACAUGGACAACCUCCUCAAUAUGCCUUAUGGCUGUGGAGAACAGAACAUGGCCUUGUUCACACCUAACAUCUAUAUUCUGGAUUAUCUGAAUAAGACUGGGCAGCUAACUGAAGAGAUUAGAGACAAGGGUACUGGAUAUUUAUCCACAGGGUACCAAAAACAACUCACAUACAAACACCAAGAUGGAUCCUACAGCUCCUUUGGGACACGAGACAGGGAAGGGAGUGUAUGGCUCACUGCCUUUGUGUACAAGUCAUUUGCACAAGCCAGACGCUACAUCUACAUUGACAAAAAGGUCCAGUCUCAAACUUUGAUCUGGCUGGCAAGUAAGCAGAAGUCAGAUGGAUGCUUUGAAAAUGCUGGGUCACAUUUCAACAAUGCUUUGAACAGUGGAGAACAAGGUGAAUACUCACUCACAGCUUACGUUGUGGCAGCAUUGCUAGAGGCUGGACACACUGUCGUGCAUCCCGUGGUUCAGAAUGGCAUGAGAUGUUUGGAGACCGCAUUUAGCAAUGGAGUCCACAGUCUCCAUAACCAGGCCCUCUUUGCCUAUGCUUAUCGUUUAACUGGCAAAGAGGAAAGAUGCCAAUUCUUCCUUGACAAUCUGGACAAAAGAGCUAACAGAGAUGGUGGUUCAGUUCAUUGGCAGAGAGAAAACAAGCCACCAGCAGAAUAUUUCCCUGAUUUCUAUUCCCGUGCCCCUUCUGCUGAGAUUGAAACAACAAGCUAUGUGCUCUUGGCUUUGCUCAAAAAAGCCAAACUCACUCCAGAAGACACUUCUUACAUUUCUCGCAUUGUGUACUGGCUUGUCAAACAACAGAACCCAUAUGGUGGUUUCUCCUCCAGCCAGGACACUGUUGUUGCACUCCAAGCUUUAGCGCAGUAUGGAUACCUCACCUUCUCUAAAAAAGGUCUUAACACAGUCAAAGUUAAUUUCAUGGACUACCCCAGUAAGACCUUCCAAGUGAAUGACAAGAACCGCUUCUUACUGCAGCAGAUUUCCUUACCCACUAUUCCAGGGAAUUAUAGUGUGGAAGUGAAUGGCACUGGCUGUGUCUAUCUGCAGACCACCCUGAGAUACAACAUCCAUUUGCCAAAAAGAGCUGCAGGGUUUUCUCUGUCUGUGAAGUUAACCAAUGCUUCCUGCACAAGCAACUUCCCACCAAAAUUUGACCUUGUCCUCUCUGUCAGUUACACAGGAAACCGCAGUGUCUCCAACAUGGCUAUUGUUGAUGUGAAGAUGCUCUCAGGUUUUGCUCCUGUAACAUCUUCCCUGAAACAGCUUCAGCAACACAAUUCUGUUGUGGAUCGUGUAGACAUCAAGAACAACCACAUCCUCUUCUACCUUCAGCAGGUCUCCCAGAAGGCGAUCAGCUUCUCCUUCAGUGUGGAACAAAGCCUCCCUGUCUCAGAUAUCAAACCAGUGCCAGUACAUAUGUAUGACUACUAUGAAACAGAUGAAUAUGCCCUUGCAGAAUACAAAACACCCUGCUCCCUGCCUUCCAUCUGA